AUGGCCAGUGCAUUUACGAUGGAGAAAGUUGCUCGACCUGAAUUAGCGAAACACGAAUCAUCGAUUCUGGAUCUAGUCUUUGUUAUGGAUUGCACUGGAUCAAUGGGAUCGUAUAUUGCUAGUGCUACAGAUAAUAUACGUUCAAUUGUGGAAGAAAUAGUCGUCAGCGAGAAAAGCGACAUUCGUUUGGCGCUUGUUGAGUAUCGUGACCAUCCACCACAAGAUCACACUUUCGUCACACGUGUACAUGAUUUUACCGCUAAAGUUAGCGAGAUGAAAGGUUGGCUACAACAAUGUCAAGCAAAUGGAGGUGGAGAUGCACCAGAAGCCGUCGCUGAUGGACUUCAUGCUGUUCUCAAACUAUCAUGGCGUGCUGAAUCAACAAAAAUUUGUAUUCUGAUUGCCGAUGCUCCACCUCAUGGCCUCAAUCCUAGUGGCGAUGGUUUUCCCAAUGGAUGUCCCCAUGGUCUCGAUCCUGUGCAAAUCGUUCGAGACAUGGCAGAAAAACACAUCACACUCUACUCAGUUGGCGUUGAACCUCCUAUUACGCCUUAUCGCGAUUUUUUUAUGUCAUUGGCUUAUACUACCGGUGGUCAAUAUGUUCCGAUGGUCAAUGCUAAACUCUUGGCUAAAGUCAUCAUUGGUGGUGUGCGUGAAGAAAUUUCCUUGGAUCGGUUAAUGCAAGCCGCUGAAGAAGAUAUUAACCGUGAAAUGAAACGAGCAGACGCAGAAGGUGCUGAUGAUAAAGAAAAAGUCAAACGAAUCAAUAAUAUUUUUUCAACGAAUAAUCUUUUUUCGACACAAAUGACAAAUCCAUAUGGAGUGACGUCGUUUGCCGCCAAGGCAUAUUCUUCAACUUGUCAAAAUAUGGCUGAAAUGCAGAAUGCCUUCUUAUCAGCACCAAAAGCUGCUCCACCCGCAUUUGCCACAACUUCUGCUACUCCAUUUGGGUUUGUUUCACCUCCGACGGCAUCUACUACAUUUACAUUUGGUACGUCAUCGGAUGCUCCACCAGUAGCUGCAUCUACUGGAUUUACAUUUGGCACGUCUUCGGCUGCUGCACCUAGAGCGACUCCAUUUGGGUUCGCUCCACCUUCGACGGCAUCUACUACAUUUACAUUUGGUACGUCAUCGGAUGCUCCACCAGUAGCUGCAUCUACUGGAUUUACAUUUGGCACGUCUUCGGCUACUGCACAUGGAACUGCUCCAUUUGCAUUUGCUACCUCUACAGAAUCUUUUGGUACAAAUGAUACAACACCAAUUGCGAGAGCAGAUGCAGAUAUGACCUAUGAUGUAAUGGAAAAUGCAGCUGUGAAUGAAGAUCAAGCCGAACGUAUCUUUCAAAAAUGGCAACAUCGUAAAAAAUAG